AUGUCCCCAACCGACCGACUCACAUCUCUAAAAAACCACCUCCCACCCUCACAAGCCAACGAAAUCUCAAAAAUGAAGCUCCUCUACCCAACCUCUCUAAUCCUAGACACAAAGUCCCUGGAAGGCUUCUCCGUCUCCCUCCACCCGUACGACGUCACAGUCCCCAUCCCAGACACCCUAAUCGACGCCGAAAUCCUAGUCACAUGGACCAACAAGUCGGAAAACCUACGCGACGCAGCAGCGCGCAUGAAAAACCUCCGCUGGAUCCAAUCCCUAGCCGCCGGCCCAAAUGACGUCCUAUCCGCCGGCUUCGACGCCUCCCGCAUCGCCAUCACGACCGGUUCCGGCUGUCACGAUGAAACGGUUGCCGAGCACGCGCUUGGCAUGCUGCUCAAUGCCGCCCGCAAGUUCUACGCUAUGCGCGAUUACCAGAAUAAGGGUGUCUGGCCUGGUCAUCUUGGUGGGCCGCAGCCUGAUCGUGCCCCCGGCACGUUUACCACGCUGAAGGGGGCUAAUGUUACGAUCUGGGGUUUCGGAAAUAUUGCAAAGUGUCUCGCUCCCGUGCUUACGGCGCUGGGCGCAAAUGUUACUGGUGUUGCGCGGUCCGCUGGUGUGAGGAAUGGAUUUGAGGUUGUUGGAGAGGACGCGUUGUCGGAUGUUCUCAAGAAGACGGAUGCGCUUGUGAUGAUUCUGCCUGGUUCCGAUAGUACCAAUGGUGCGCUGGGCAGGGAGAGAUUGGCGCUUUUGCCUAAGCAUGCUUGGGUGGUUAAUGUUGGACGUGGUACUUCUGUUGAUGAGGGCGCUCUUGUUGAGGCGCUUGAGAAAGGGGAGAUUGGGGGUGCCGCGCUUGAUGUCUUUUCUGUUGAGCCGUUGCCUGCGUCUUCGCCGCUUUAUACGGCGCCUAAUCUUGUGCUUUCGCCUCAUGCUGCUGGUGGACGGCCGCGUGAUGCUGAGGCUCUUAUUGCUUAUAACUUACGGAGGCUUUUGGCUGGGCAGGAACUUAAAAAUUUGAUUUAG